ACUUGUAUGACCAGAAAGAAAUAAAAAUUUGCCAGGAAAAGAGGAACAUGGAUGGACGGAAAGCAGUGCUUUCAAUUACACUAUGGCUAAUCUUUGUUCAGCUGUCUGCUACUUUCAGAAACUUAAAAUUAGCUGCAGCAAAUAAUGAUAAGCUCGCUGAAAGAAGAAAGCUUGCCGCCGAUAACUCGGGUUUCAUAAGCAUUGACUGUGGGGUGGAUCAAGAUUAUUUCGACGGAGAAACUGGAAUAUUUUAUAAGUCUGACAAAGAUUUUAUAAGCACCGGAGAGAACGACUACAUAUCCCCUGAAUAUGAUGAUAAGGAUCCUUAUUUUGGGCGUCUAGUUCAGAGUAUAAGGUUCUUUCCGAAAGGAAGAAAGAAUUGCUACACAUUGAGACCUGAGCAAGGCAAAAAUCAAAAUUACCUUAUCAGAGCAUUCUUCAAAUAUGGAAAUUACGAUGCCAAGAAUCAAAUUCCAAAGUUUGAUGUGUAUCUCGGAGUUAAUUUUUGGAUGACAGUGCCACUUUUAAAUGCAUCAGCUUGGGUGGCCCAAGAGAUUAUCUAUUUUUCUUUAACGGAUGAUAUUAACUUGUGUCUCGUAAAUACUUUUUCUGGAACACCUUUCAUUUCAGCAUUGGAAUUGAGGCAUCUGAACCAUUCCAUUUAUAGAAUCGAGUCCAGAUCCCUAACUGUAAUGGGACGAUUUGACCUUGGCAACUCAACCAACAGGACGGUCAGGUACAAGGAUGAUGUGUAUGAUCGCUUAUGGUCAACAUUAACCCCUGAUGAUUGUAUUUCAUUGAACACUACCUCAAAUAUUGAUGUCGAGAGCAGAGACAAUAUCCUUAAAACACCAGUUGAAGUUUUAAGAACUGCAGCCCAACCACCAAGUCCCCUCAGAUCAUUUAAUCACACCUUCCCCCCUGCUUAUGGUGACAAUGAAUACUAUGCCUGCUUUCACUUCGCCGAAAUAUUACAUAUUUCACAAGGCAAACCAAGAAGGGAAUUCACCAUCAAUUUCAACGGUGCCAACUAUGGACCUAUUACCCUCCAAUACUUGAAGCCCCUCAUCUUUUGUUCUGGACCUCGUAAAUCAAGAAUUAAUGGAUAUGUUCAGUUUUCUAUCAAUUCAACUGUACGGUCUGACCUUCCACCUAUCCUCAACGCCUUAGAGAUUUUCUAUGUAAUGCCGCCCCCCGUUUCACCCACAGACUCAGCAGAUGUUGAUGCAAUAAUGGCCAUCAAACAAACGUACAAGAUUAAUAAAGAUGAUAACUGGCAAGGAGACCCAUGUCUGCCGAGUGAUAUUACUUGGACCGGCUUGAACUGCAGCUAUGACGGCAAUUUUCCUAGGAUCAUCUCUCUGAACCUCAGUGCAAGUAAAUUGACAGGAAAGAUUUCUUCCUCAUUCUCCAAUUUCAAAGCGAUACAGUCCUUAGAUUUAUCAGGCAAUGAACUGACAGGAACCAUUCCAGAAUUUUUAGCGCAACUGACAAAUUUAACUAUUCUAAAUUUAUCCGGAAACAAGCUUACAGGUUCAGUUCCUCAGUCUAUUGUCCAAAAAUCUAACAAUGGACUAUUGCAGCUGAGUUUGGAUGGAAAUCCACAUCUUUGCCGGACAGAUUCCUGUGAGAAAAAGAAGCAAAAUUUUCUUCUUCCAGUUGUUGCAUCCGUUGCAACAGUUGUGGCGCUUCUCUUCCUCAGCAGUAUAUUUGUCUUUUGGAGAAUGAAAAGACAAAAAGCAACGUCACAAUCUAAGAAGGAAGGAUCGGUAAUUUCGAAGAAUUGGUCCUUUAGUUAUUCAGAGAUUGUUAGUAUUACUAAUAACUUUGAAACCAUCAUUGGAGAAGGAGGGUUCGGAAAAGUUUACUUUGGGACUCUGAAAGAUAACACUCAAGUUGCAGUCAAAUUGCUUUCUCAAUAUUCAAGGCAAGGCUAUAAGGAAUUUCAAGCUGAGGCACAACUCUUGAUGAUUGUUCAUCAUAGGAACUUGGUUUCUCUAAUUGGCUACUGUGAUGACCGUCAUAAUAAGGCAUUGAUUUAUGAGUACAUGGUUAAUGGAAAUUUGCGAGAGCAUUUAUCAGAGACAAGUGGAAAUACUUUGAAUUGGGAUGAGAGACUACAUAUUGCAGCAGAUGCAGCACAGGGUUCUCUAACUGAUCCAUUACAUAUUCUUUAUUUUUUUCCCUUCAUUGAUAAUUUCUUGGUCCUUUUUGUUAACCAAUAUGUAAAUGAAGUUGCAGGAUUGGAGUAUCUACAUAAUGGUUGCAAGCCACCUAUAAUCCACAGGGAUUUAAAAACUUCCAACAUCUUAUUAAAUGAAAAAUUGCAAGCAAAGAUAGCUGAUUUUGGGCUGUCAAGAGCUUUCACAAAUGAUAGCGGUUCACAUAUAACAACUCGUCCUGCAGGCACAUUCGGCUACAUGGAUCCUGAGGCUCAAGCAUCAGGAAGCUUUAAUAAGAAAAGUGAUGUAUACAGUUUUGGAAUCAUUCUACUUGAGCUGAUAACUGGUCAGUCUGCCCUAAAAAGAGACGUCAAUGGAGAAAUCAUUCGAAUACAACAGUGGGUUGCACCAAUAAUUGAAAAUGGUGAUAUUGGAAGAAUUGUUGAUCCCAGACUACAAGGAGACUUUGAGAUCAAUUCUGCCUGGAAAGCUGUGGAGAUAGCCUUGUCGUGUGUGCUAAAUACUGCAAUUCGAAGGCCAAGUAUGAGUGAUGUAUUGAUUGAAAUAAAAGAAUGUUUGGCUAUAGUAACACCUUAUGUUGGAUCACAAAGGAUGGAUAGAGGAAGGAUAAGAUCAAUCAACUCACUUGAAAUGAGGUCUUUGGAAAUCGACAGUGAAAUUGCUCCGAGUCCUAGGUAGUCUGACUCUGCUGGUCCAUCAAUAUUUUCUUCUUCAUUUUAGUUUUUAGAGAUGGACUACCUGGUAAUAUUUUCAAUUUGAAAUGAUGUUGCUACUUACUUUUCGUAUUUUUAAAAGACAUAUAUUAUAAAAAUAUAUUUGUGUAUAACAAAACAUUAUAAACACAUAAAAUUUGUAAUGAUCCAUCAUUUCUAUAAAUAAAUAAUAAAAUAUGUAUGUUUUCA